AAUUAUGGUGCAACUUAAGGUAUUGGCAGUAAUUAUUCUGAUAUGGUGGAGCAGUAGUGUUGAAGAUGCAGAUGCAGCAGCAGAUACAAAUCUAUUAAACAUGGGGUGCAGCUCGUACAACGCUUCAAACUUGCGUAACUUCUUUGCGAAUCUGAAUGGAUCAUUUUCGCACAUGAGAGAAGAGAUUGUGAAUGGAAGCAAGCACUUUGUGACAACGGAGCAAGCGAGAGGAGAUGUGGUCACAUAUGCUAUGUUUCAAUGCAGAAACUAUCAGUCCAAAAAUGACUGUCUUUCUUGCCUCAACACCGCCACCACCAAAAUCCGCAACUGCUCCGCCGGCAACGGCGCCAGAAUCAUCUACGAUGGCUGCUUCCUCAGGUAUGAGAGCGCAAGGUUCUACGAUCAGACAGCUGAACUAGGCAGUGGGGUAUUAUGUGGGAACACGACUUCAAGUGUGACUGAUUUUGCAGUAACUGGACAACAAGCCCUAAUGGAUCUCCAAAUUGCAACACCAAAAAUCAGUGGCUUUUAUGCAGCUACUAAGACAGAGGUGGCUGGUGGCAGUGCAAUUUAUGCUAUUGCACAGUGUGUUGAAACUGCCACAGAGGCUAAUUGUCUGACAUGCUUGCAAAUUGGAUACAACAACUUACAAAGUUGUCUUCCCAGCGCAGAGGGUAGAGCAUAUGAUGCUGGUUGUUUCAUGAGAUACUCCACAACACCCUUCUUUGCUGAUAACCAGACCAUUGAUAUCACGCCCUUUUUUAAACAAGGAGGUUCUAGCAAGAAAUGGGCUAUUAUUAUAGGUGGUGUUGUGGGAGGUGUUGUUGCCCUUCUUGCAUUGUUUGCUUGGAGAUGGUCUAGAAAAUCAAAGGGUGUUCCCAGAGGUGACAUAUUGGGAGCAACUGAGUUGAAAGGUCCAGUUAACUACAAGUAUAAUGACUUGAAAACUGCAACAAAAAAUUUCAGUACUGAAUAUAAACUUGGAGAAGGAGGUUUUGGUGCUGUAUACAAGGGUACUCUGAAAAAUGGAAAAGUUGUUGCCGUGAAGAAACUAGUGAUGGGGAAAUCAAGCAAGAUGGAGGACGAUUUUGAAGGCGAAGUGAAACUUAUAAGUAAUGUUCAUCAUCGAAACCUCGUCAGACUCCUUGGUUGUUGCAUCAAAGGCCGAGAAAGAAUCCUAGUUUAUGAAUACAUGGCAAAUAGCAGUCUUGAUAAAUUCAUAUUUGGUAGCAGAAGAGGUUCCCUCAACUGGAAACAACGCUAUCACAUAAUUUUAGGCACGGCAAGGGGACUAGCAUAUCUACAUGAGGAAUUCCAUGUAUCCAUCAUACAUAGAGAUAUAAAGACUGCUAAUAUCCUCUUAGAUGAUGAUCUUCAGCCCAAAAUUGCAGAUUUUGGGUUAGCAAGGCUUCUACCAGGAGAUCGUUCUCAUCUUAGCACAAAAUUUGCAGGAACAUUAGGAUACACAGCACCUGAGUAUGCAAUGCAUGGUCAAUUAUCAGAGAAGGCUGAUACCUACAGCUAUGGUAUUGUAGUCUUGGAAAUCAUAAGUGGUCAAAAGAGUACUGAUGUGAAGAAUGAUGAGGUUGAUGAAUACCUUCUUCGAAGAUCAUGGAAACUGCAUGAAAGAGGCUUGCACUUGGAGCUUGUGGACAAGGCAAUAGACCCUAAUGAAUAUGAUGUAGAAGAAGUGAAGAAAAUCAUAGAAAUUGCUUUACUAUGCACUCAAGCAUCAGCUGCAACGAGACCAACAAUGUCUGAAGUAGUAUCCCUACUCAAAAGCAAGAGCUUAUUGGAGCACCUGCGACCAAGUAUGCCUGUGUUUGUUGAAACAAAUAUUGCACCUCGGGAAAGCGACACUAGUUCAUCUAAUGCAACAACCUCCAUUUCUGUUGUAUCAGCUCGAUGAUUAAUUAUGAGAUGUUGCAAAGGUUAUUCAUCACUUCAACCAAUAAAAUAAUAAAAUAAAUUAGAUACAGGAUAUGUUUGAGUAAACUUAUCCAUAAACACUUAUAGGAAAGAGA